AAAACUACGGAACCAGAUCCAGAUCGACGAGACAAUGGCCGAAAAAUUGGAGGAUGCGUUGAAGGCGAUUGAGAUCUCCGGACCUCCAUCACUGUCCGAUAUGCCAAUGGAUGUAAUGCAUGUGAUUGUGGACCAUUUGGAUGCAAUGGAUCGAUUGAUUCUUCGCUAUGUAAACCGAAAAAUGCGGAAUUUCGUUGAUAACAAGAAGCCAAACUUUAAGAAUAUUGAAGUCAAAGCUGAAGAUGAGUCCUACAAACUUGUGCUGGACCAAAAAUCUACGAUUGUUUAUAAUUCAAAUGGUUCUGGUUGCAUUGCAAAAUAUGAUGAGCGUUGGGUGCUGAAAAUCAACAAAGACGAGCUGGCUGUAAUGUUUGAUGAUGUUGCAGUAUGGAUGAAGUAUCCUAAACUUCGACUGGACGAAUUCAAAUUGUCCGCAGGGUGGGACUACAUGAUGACCAUAAACCUUCUCAAAGAGAUUAAAGAUGUAGAAGAUAUGUUUCAAGCCAAAAAAGUUAUCCUGGAUGUUUUUGAGUUCUGUCGUGAUGCCUUCUCUAUCCUAUCUCACUUUGAACCUGGAAUUCUUGAAGAAAUUGGAAUUUUCUGUUCUGAUGUUUAUGGAAGUAUACACAAGCUGUUCACAUUGGAGCAAUGGAAACAGGCUAAAUCAGUCACUUUAAAGUGCAUUGAGGGCAUUGAUAUUCCCAUUGAACACUUGUUCCAUUUGUCUCGUUUCGACAUCACCUUGUCGGAAGUAUCAGUUUCUGAUGCUCGUAAAAUUAGAGAUGUUCUCAUGAAAUCGGCACAAUUCGAAUGUGGAGAGAUUUGUCUGCUGUUCGAUUCAGAUUUACGAAUUGAAGCGGACGUUGUGAGAGUUUUCAACCCAAACUUUGUUGAUGAAUAUGUCUCCCGUCCUCUCCAAUUCAAAGUCGAGCAAUUUCUCGUCAUAAUCCAUAAAACAUCUCUGCGAAUCAAGAAAAUUGAAAACCCCCAUUAAAUUCCCCUUGUUGUUGUUAUUUCUCAAGUGAGAAUGAAUAUUUUUGUUG